GAUCUUAAUAAGUUUUCAAAACAUUAUGAAACCUAUAUAUAAAGCUAUAUUUAAAAUAAUUUAAUAUUCUAGGUGAAACAAAAAAUAGAUUAAAUAUUGUCAGUCUAUCAUAAUGGGUAUACUUAGCUUUUUAUUAGCAUCAAUAUUAGCAAUUGGGUCACUUGGAUAUGAAAAUGACGAUAAUCUGAUUUUCAUUGGAAAAAAAUGGGUAUUUCUAAUUAGUGGAUCAAGCGGUUGGGAUAACUAUAGACAUCAGGCAGAUAUAGCUCAUGCAUAUCAAAUUGUUAAAAGAAAUGGAAUUCCAGAUGAAAAUAUAAUUGUCAUGAUGGCAGAUGAUGUAGCAAAUCACACAAACAAUCCGGUGCCAGGAACUUUAAUUAAUCAGCCUGAUGGAGUCGAUGUCUAUAAAGGAAUAAAAAUUGAUUACUCAGGCAAAGAUGUAAAUAGCGAAAAUUUUUUAAAUGUCCUGAAAGGUCAUAAAAGUGCUAUGAAAGGAAAAGGUUCUGAAAGAGUUAUUGAAAGUCGUAAACAUGAUCACGUUUUUGUUAAUUUUGUCGAUCACGGGAGCAAUGGUAUUUUGGGAUUCCCUGAUACUUUUUUAUAUGCCGAUGAUUUGAUUAUGACUUUAAAAGAAAUGCAUGCUAAACGUCGCUACCGAAAGAUGGUAUUGUUCAUUGAAGCAUGCAACGCAGGUUCGAUGUUUGAUGGAUUGAUUGACGAUGAUACAAAAAUCAUUGCAGUUACUGCAUCAGGUCCCAGAGAAUGUUCAUAUGCAUGUUAUUGUGACGAAAGUGAAUACCAUACGUGUCUGGGAGAUUUAUUUAAUGUAAAAUGGAUGGAAAAUUUAGACCAAACUAUUUUCGAUGUGUCGACAAAAUCAAAGACAAUAUUGAGAGAUUUUGAAGAAAUUCGAACAAACGUGACUAAUAGUAACGUAAUGGUAUACGGUGACUUUCAUGUAGGUUUCGAAAAACUUUCUAAGUUUAUAGGAUACAACGUGCAAAGAAAUUCACAAGGAGUAAUUAAUUAUGUACAUCAUCACCCGAUAAAAGCAGGAUCUUUAAUAUCCAAUCGCAAUAUACCAGAAAUUAUUUUAAAUCGUAAACUUGCGAAUUCCAAGAACAUUCAAGAAAUCAAAUCAUUAAUGCAGAAAAUUAAUCAUAGGAAUCAAAUGAAACAAGUUAUUGAUGCAAUAUUUUUUAAAAUGUACAAUCGUAUUGUUGAAGCAUUACCUGCAUUGUCUUUUAAAAUAGGAACAAUAGAAACACCAGCUCCUUUAAAAUUAUCGAUUGAUGUAUUCCCGUGUUAUAAAAAUAUAAUUAACACGAUUUCUUCAAAUUGUUUUUCACUUGCAAAGAAUCCAUAUGUGCUUAAGAAGUUAAAAAUUUUGUCUAACAUGUGUGUGGUUGAUAGCAAUAUUGACAAAAUUAUCGUCGUAAUAAUCAAUGAUGUUUGCUCAAUUACAAAUAUACCAAACGGAUUGGAGAAUAUCCAGUAAAAAACAAUAUAUAAAAUAAGUAGACUUAUAAGAUAUAUAAGUUUUAAAAAUUACUACUUGUGUGUGGUUAUUUUUAUUAUUAUUAUAAAAAAUCUUGUCAUCACAGUCCAUUUUGAAUACAUUUUAGUUUUGUAAUACAAUAAUUUUUUAAGUGUAACAUAAUUAAAAAUGUGUUUCUUUUAAUUACCUAUUUUCAUAUCACCGUCGUACGCAAGAGGGGGGUUUCAACCCCCUCCCCCAAAAUUUGUAAGCUAAGCGAUAAUUUUAAACGAUAAACAAUAAGUAAUAACAUUACAAAAGGUCAUAUCAUACUAUAAAUAAUUCCACAAUAAAGUAAUCGAAAACAAGAUUUUUUAUGAGCGAAUAAUAUGGGCAGUGUCACAUCUAAUUUUCUUUAAAUUUCUAAACCCCCCCGCCAAAUUUAAUUUCUGUGUACACCACUUUUCAUGUAUUAUGAAGUAUUUUCAAAAUAAUAAAAU